CAAAGCAACUGCACACGUGAGCUGCCCAUGUGAUCUUCCCCUACCACCUGACGAGGUGGUGAUGGCCACUGGUGCAAACCAACGUGCCCAAUAUAACCAUCCACUCCCGCACCUCAACCGCAACCAUCUUUCUCGACCUUACCAUCCAUUGUUCACCUACACUCUCGUUAAAGUCGCUACUUACUUCUUCCCGAAUUCUCACAUUCGUUACUGAACAAACAACUCCAAGCCUCUGUUACCAAGCCACGUCCAAUCACCAACGUCUUAAAACACAUAAUCGACUCUCACAAUGGCGCCCGACGAUCGCAAGAUCACGCCAUUCCGAUUCAAAGGCGACCCACCAGCUGCCUGCAAGAAAAAGAAGAAGCAGAAGAAAUCCGAGGUCGUCGCAAAAACGGACGAGGUCACCGAGAAAAAGGAAGAAGGUGCUCCAGAUUCUAAGCUAUCAAAGAAGAGGAGCCGCAGCGACAGCCCCGAGCCGCAGAAAGACGAUAAAGAAGAAGUCGACCCCUAUGCAGGCAAGACAAAAGCCGAAAUCGCCUUUCUCGAACACAAGCGACGCAAACUCCAAAAGGACAUCGAGUCUGGCAAGCGUCCCGACCUCCUAAAAACACACAAGGAGCGGAUUGCCGAGUUCAAUGCGAGGCUGUCACGGAUGACAGACCAUAACGACAUGCCCAAGAUCGGGCCUGGAUAGAGACCGGAACAUCAUGGAGGAGGAGGCUUCGGUGUUGGCGGUUUUGAUAUUGGUUUUACUCGACAAGCGAUUUUGCGGAGACGUCGGCGCAAGAGGUGAACCGGGAUGGAUGGGAUUUUGAAUUGAGUUUUGGAGUUCGGGCGUCAAUUGAGUUGUGGUACUGAUCUCGCUCGAUCAAUAUCCGAUGGAAAAGCGACCUGUAAAGGAUAGAAGCAGUCUCGUUGGUACAACUUAUGGAUAGAAUAAAGCUCUGUAUCAAGCAUUUUCACCACCUC